AUGAAGAUAUUUGGUUGGAUGCAAAGCAAGCUUAAAAAUGGCAGACAUGACGAGAGCAGCCAGAAGCCAAACUCAAAACCAGUUAACCAACCGGGCAAGGAGGAAGUGAAUGAAUGGCUUUACGGCUUGCUGAAAAUAGGGACAUUUGGAAAGAAUGACUUAAAAGAAGAACUACAAGAGGUCAAUUUGCAGGGAAAUUCGCAAUCUCCAUCCGAAGACCAUGACCAGGAUCGGGUGUCUGACGAAGUUGGAAAUCUGCGGGAUGAGUUGAACUCAUUACUGCAUAAACAAGAUGAUCAGGAAUCAGCUUCAGCCACAGAACUAGAACAAGUUCUACUCCACAGACAAUCAAGCUUGGAAACCGAAAGAUUCGCAGGCAACGACACGCAAUGUUGUAACGAGUCUAGUAACAAAAGUGGUUCUCUGCGGCGCAGGACUAGCUUAGUCCUCAGCAGAGGGAAACAAGUUUCGAUGGACAACGCGAAAAACGCAAUUGGCAAGAAGUCAUUCUCUUUUCUUCUCAAGAAGGUCUUUGUUUGUGGAAGUGGAUUUCCAUUUGGUCCCAGUCCAAAAGCUCCAAUUCCGGAAUCUAUAAUGGAAAUGAUACUUAGAGCAAUGCUACACAAGAAAAUAUAUCCCCAAAGUUCAAGUCCAUCCUUGUCUGCAAAGAAGUAUUUGGAGAAUGGACAUAUUCCCAAGUCCAAAGAGGAUGACAUAACUGAGAAGGCAGACAAAGGAAGUAAAUGGGUCAAAACUGAUUCAGAAU